AUGAGAGUUUCAAACGCGCUGUUCGCACGUUCGGUGUGGAAAGGCCCACACAUCGUCCCGCUCCCGAUAGUACGACCCAAGGCUGGCGAGAGAACACCUCCGAUCAAGACGCAGGCGCGGAGUGCCACCAUCCUWCCAAAUUUCGUCGGGCUUGUCUUUCAAAUAUACAAUGGCAAGGUGUAUAACAGCCUGCAGAUAACAGAGGAUAUGGUCGGACACAAGUUGGGAGAGUUUUCAGCGACACGGAAGCGGUUCACGUACAAGCAGACGAAGAACAAAUGA